AUGGUGGGCAGGCACGAGCCCUCGCGGGACGGGGAGAAGAGCAGCAGUGCCUGGCUGCAGGAGGGCAUGUCCUGUUGUGAAGAAGACCUCCAAGGAGAGCUGCAAAAAGAAGUGAAGUAUUGGCCAGUGGUGGAGACAGGUCAGUGUCUGGAUGCUGUGACCCCCUUCCAUGCUCGUGAAGCAGGAGCCUGCAAAGAGGGCACCAAGGACAGUCCACGUUUCCAGGACAGGAGCAAGGAGUCGGGUUUGCCAAGCAGAGAGGAGGGAGGCAAUCACAGCCACGUCCCCACAGCAGGCUUUACCAUACUAUCAAGAGAGUGUGUGGGGACCAAGAUGGGUCUGCUGCAGUGGAGAUGCACCAAGCACCUGCUCUGUGCGCUGAUCCUCCUCGAGGCUGCCGGGACCUUGGCCUUCAUGGUCUACGCACUGCUGUGGGAAGUUGGGAACCUGGUCAACCUCCCUGACAAGCGCAUCGGCUUUUACAACUUCUGCCUGUGGAAUGACACAGCCAGGGAGCUGCAGUGCCUGGACUACAGGCACCUGCAGGCGAUGGGCAUCAGCCUAACAGGAAUAGCAUUAGCCAGGGUUUGUGUGUAUACCUGCCUGGUCUUCAGCAUGUUCUACCCCCUUUGUUUUGUACAUGCGAAGUCCACAGAGGAGAGAAAGGGCUGGAAGAUGGUCCUCAUCAUAAUCAUCGUCAAGGUGAUAAUCCUGUCUGGCGGCCUGGGUACAUUUCUUUUCCAAACUUCACAGUGGAUUCACCCCUCUGAUUUCACUGGGGGCUUCCUCGCACUGGUUGGGGCCCAGGCUCUGCUACUGCUCCAGGUUCUCACUACCGUUAUGUACCUCAGCUGGGCCAAGCACACACACCCAUAUGGAAGACCUUUUACUGAGGAAGCCCUGCCCAUUGAGGUCUGACAGUUGUCCCAGUUUCAGCUGGGAUAGAGGUAAUUUUCUUCCCAGUAGCUGGCAUAAUGCUGUUUUGAAUUUAGUAUAAGAAUG